AUGCCAUCUGUAAAUCAGACUCAUGAAGCCGAUCUGGUGAUAUUAGCGGAGCGCAAUCUCCCACCACCAUCAGAGUCUCCAGGGAGCUACUACGUCCCGCGUCCAGGAUACUGCCGAGCUGUGAUCCAGGAAGUGACGUCAAGUGUCAGACGGAGCACCUGGACAUCGCACCGCAGUCGUGUUGCUCCAGAAGAUCUCAACCCCACAGCGUCACCGCGUACGACCUGGAAGUACGGCGGUCUGGUCCAACGUGGAAGACUGUGGAUAUUCGACGGCAUGUUUCAAGAGAACUGGAGCGUGAGCACGUUUAUCUCAGAUAUGCUUAGAAACGUGACACAAAGUAUCCUUGACAUUUCGUCAGAGACAGAAGAGAAUGACACAGAUUUGGGUGAUGCAGUAUAUAGAGACGAGAUCUGGACAGGGCGAGUAGGGAUAUACGGUAUAGGAGGAACGGCUAUUGCCUUAUUUGGACUUGUAGCCAAUGCAAUGGCAAUUAUAGUGCUGUCCCAAUACAAACAAAAGUCGUCUGCUCCUCUGUUACUGAUACUGUUGGCUCUGUGCGACUCCACGUUGCUUGGGUCGGACAUGGUCUUGGAGACGCUCGCCACUCUGUCUGGCGGCAAUGUCAUCUCGGGGUCCUACAACGACUGGCUGAAGCCCGGAUACGUCUACCUUUUCCAUGUCUCCUACAUUGCCCAGACAGGAACAACAUACAUGACUGUCCUCAUCACCGUAGAACGCUACAUCGCCGUCGUCAAACCGCUCCUUGCGGCGCGGUUGUGCAGCAGGUCGGCAGCUUGGAAAGCUAGCGCCGCCAUCUUGGUUUGGAGCAUUGUGUACCACACACCCAGGUAUCUGGCUUAUACUAAUUACUAUGAAUACCAGGCCGAUACCAAUUCAACAAAGCUCAUCUUCAACAGAACAGACUUUGGGAAUGGGUUUUUCUAUAAAGAAGUGUUUAUGGUGUGGAUUAAUUUCUCGCUGGAGUUUUUUGUCCCAGCUGCAAUCCUUGUGGUCCUCAACGUCUUGCUUAUAAGAGCUCUUAAGAAGAGCAAAAGUUUCGAGGUCAGCCGGGCUGGUGCCAGGGCUCGGAAGGGACAGCGACUGACCGCAAUGGUGUUGGCCGUGACAUCUCUGUUCUUCUUCUGCGAGCUGUUUUCCGUCACCUCCCUAAUCAUCACCCGCAGCAUCAACAAUUACAGGGAGUGUUCCGUCUUCUGCAACAACUUCAUCGCCCUCGCAGACACCAUGGUGAUCGUUAACUCCGCCUCGAAUUUCUUCCUGUACUGCGCCGUCGGGAAGAGGUUUCGGGACAUCUUCUUACAGAUGUUUUGCCGGAUCCCGUUCAGGACGUCGCGGUCCUCGUCCAGCAACACGCGUACCACGUCACAGGGCCACACCAAGAUGGUCAGCAUGACGAAGCUGGACCGUCGGAGUGUGGUAGCAAACUGAUACAAGCUGGCCGCAUGUUGUCCUGACCUCUGUCAAACAUUCCUUCCAUAAAGAGUGACUUUAUCUUGCUUUACUCUUCACUGAGCAAUAAAAUAACUGCCACGUCGUCCAUAACGACAAGAUAGUGUCAUUUAGGGAGCGAGUGAGUGGGUUUAGUUUUACGCCGCACUCAACAAAUUACAGCUAUAUGGCAACGGUCGGUACAUG